ACGUUGGGAGUUCCGGUGGCAGGGUAUGUUCAAACGGCCUGUACCCCCGAGCGUCCAGUUCGGUGCUGAAAUCGACUUCGACCUACCAGAGUUUGGCUUGGCGACCAGAACCGCGGUACGUAUCGUGCUUUCAGUCGCAACGGGUAUAAGCAGUGCUAAGGGAUACCCACUCGAUUGUAAUUACGAUGGAGCUUCCACACCUGCUCCUGAUAAGAACGGAAUACCACAGGACAAAUUCCAUUUUCUUUUCCCCGUUUACUGUGCGGAUACUAUUCUUUGUAACGAGCCUGAUGAUCCUAAUCUUCCAAACAUCUGCCAGAG